AUCUUCUUCACUUUCCCUUCCUUUUUCUAUUUCCGUAGAAUUACAGAUACCCUCGCUCUCCCCUUUUCUCGUCCCUAUAUAAACACCCUUCAAAACUCACCAUCACUCUGUUCUUAAUUUUACGCCCAUUUAGCCCUUUUCAACUAAGCUUCUUACUCAUCCCGCGAUUCGGUUUCGUUUCUUGGUUUAGGUUUCUCUAAUGGAGAUGGGGUUCUUUGUUUUUGAGUUGAUUUUCGUCGCUUCCAACUCCAACCCCGUUCUCCUGAAUGGAUUUUUAUUGGGUUUUCUUUGUUUUCUGGAAACUGUUCUAUUUGUUGAACAGUAGGCAAUUUUUCAUGCUCUGUUUUUGCUCUGUUUUGUGUGGUGGAGCGUGGUGAUGGCUUCAUUGAAUCAUUUUGUUUUCUGGGUGUUCUUAUUUGCCAAAGAUCAUAAGCCAAUAGAACUUUUCUCAAGUGAUAAACAUCGAUAAUCUUGUUUUCUGGGUGUUCUUAUUGGCUCCUUGAAUCGGAAGUUCAUCAUGGUUUUAUUAAUUGUAGCUUGGGCUUGAAUUCACUUUUAUUAAUUGUUGGGAUUGAUGCCUUUUUGAUUUCUUCUACGCAUGAUUAUGCCUUUCGGAUCUGUUUCCCAAGUAAUAGACUGAUGAUUCUUUUCACUUUCUAGUGGUUUGCUUGCAUAUGAGUGUAUCUGCUUCAAAAGAAAGCUUAUAGAUGCUUGAAUUUCUUAAUUAAAUAAAUUGAAUCAUCUGGGUCUGUCAAGAUCAUCGUAUUCUGAUAUUUAUGGGAACUUCAGAAAUCAUCCAAAUCAUAUCCCAGUUGGAGGUUUCGUGAAAGAAUGUUCCAAGAACUGGCCCUUCAGAUUACAAUAAUCUAUGAGCUCAGGAACCAAUGGAUUAGGAUGAUUGUUUGGUAUCUUAUCACUGCUGCAAUGGAUGGGAUGUUUUUGGUUUAUUGAUGAGUGCCUAGUUCGGCGUGUCUUCAUAGCUUCAUCUUAUCCAAAUUCCUGUGUUUUUUUGUCUGUUUCUGUGUGAUUUUCUGAUCAAAUUCUGCAAGAUUAAUGAAAUCUUGUAUUGGAAUUUUGUUGUCCUCUUGUUCUUCUGAGUUCUGACAUUGUUUUUUGGACAUGAAAACAAGACAUGGAGCAGCUAUACCUUGUUCCAGAUGCUGAUGAAGGAGUAUCCCAUGGCUUUGAAUGCAACAUAUGCUUAGACUCAGUUCAAGAUCCUGUUGUAACACUUUGUGGCCAUCUCUUCUGUUGGCCCUGCAUUUACAAAUGGAUCCAUUACAAGAGCUUGUCCUCACAGCAACAAUGCCAGCAAGAGGAAUGUCGAUGUCCCGUUUGCAAGGCCGAGGUCUCCCACGCCACGCUCGUCCCACUUUACGGCAAAUUUCAGACUACAGCUCCCUCCAAAACUAAACCACCAUCAAAUCUUGGUCCAGCCAUCCCACGCCGGCCUCUUGGUCCUGCCUGUGGGGCAGAGCCACCAGCAUCUCCAAGCUCUCAACUUCAUCAUCACAACUAUUCUCAGUCACACAACGAUUACAUCGCUUCAUCGAUGCUUAGCUCAAGCAGUAUUACAACGAACAUUAUCCAUCCUGUGAUUGGAAUGUUCGGUGACGCAGUUUACACAAGAACGUUUGGAAACACGACGACAAACCUAUAUACUUAUCCUAAUUCAUAUGGUCAUGUAAGCAAUAGUAGUGUAAGGCUGAGGAGGCACAUAAUGCAGGCUGAUGAGUCGCUGAGCAGAAUCUGUUUCUUCCUGUUUUGUUGCUUAGUGUUUCUUCUAUUAUUCUAAGCAGCUCGCUUUAGAUCAUUUCUAGCCAUUGGAUGUAUAUAUAUAUAGAUAUAAAUGUUAAUACGAGCUUAGUGUAAUCAUGAAUGGAUUCACAUUGCUUUGAUUUGGACAUUUCGUAAGCAAUCGGCAAGUUGCUGCAUUUGUGA